GCUUCGUCGGCCGGCGGACGACGACGACGACGACGACGAAGACGACGAGGACGAGGACGAGGACGAGGACGAGGACGACGACGGCAACGAGGAAGACGAAAAGGAAGAUUUCAAGUUAUUCGUUGUGCGCUUAAUAUUGCGUGCAAAAUUACGUUUCUCUCGAGUGGAGUGGAUGGGAAUCGUCGUUUAAAGUUGCAAUGUUUUUAUGAGAGGAAGAAUUAACGUUCGACGGAAGGAGAUAGGAGACGUAUUGUGAGAGAUAUUCGCGCGUGAGAGUUGAAGAGAGAAAGAGAAAAAUAUAGAGAAAGAGAAGGAGAUAGUAAGAGAGUGAGAGAAAGACAGAGAGAGAGAGAGAGAGAGAAUUUUACGUCGAAGAGAAAGAAAGAAAUAAAGAGAGAAAAGACGCAAGAAUGGCCGGCGACGACGGAGCGCCGAAAACGAACAAUGAGAUCUUCGCAGAAGAGGGAGAAGAGGGAAGGGGUGCGUUAGCGCGGGGAGAACCGCAUUCCAGAGUGGGCGGCAUUCUGGAAUGCGAUCCACCCGGUAACAGGAAUUCACCGAGCAAGCGAGCCUGCAGCGCCGCCGCCGCCGCCUCCGCCGCCUCCGCCGCCGCCACUGUCUCCGACGAAGACGAGGAAGAACUUGAUGAGGAAGCUGAUGAAGAGGAUGGUGGUGGAGAAGGAGGAGAUAGUGGUGGAGGAGGGAUAGUAUACAGAUAUGCCAUCCGGACCGCUACCAGUGCUAUGUCUUUUAUCGAAAUCUGCCAGAUACGCUUGCAACAUCUCUUCCCACAAUUGGCACCACCCCCUCGAUACAAACUCUGUGAGAACUCGAUUGAAUUUACUGCCGAAUGUUUGGCAAACGACGUGAUACGUUAUCUCUUGAAGGAAGACAUUUAUCUAAUAUCAAGAGAUCCGGUAUCUCGCAGCAUGCGGCAUAACGUAUACCGGAUGCUGAACAAGCACAGUAUACUCUUCACAAGUAUGGUCAACCGUUUAAACGUUGUCCCUGAUACCGCUUACGAAGCUUUCGUCGGUGUCGCCGACGAAUUGUUCCUUCGCGGUGGCGUUACGUGGGCGAGAAUCGUUUGUUUGUACGCUUUUAUGGGGAGAUUAGCACUAUGGGCAAGGGAUAGGAGAAUGCACGCAUUGAAAAAGAAAUUACCUUUGUACGUCUCACGUUAUAUCGGCGAAGAAAUAGCUCACUACAUCAAGGGAUACGGAUGGGAACAACUUUGCGUGGAAUAUCCAGUCGCCGAAGAAGUUAGCGGAGCAGUCUGGAGAAGUCUUCUAAUGACAGGUGCAACCCUCGGCUUAGUGACCACCAUAUUAACCGUAACUUCCUGAUACAAUAUCGCAAGUCGUUUAAACCAGGGUACGUUCCGGUCGAAACCCUUUUGCGUACUUAUCUUCUACGAGAACGCGAUCAAAAGGAUAUUCGAACGUGUUCUUUUUUCCCGCGCUUAGGACGCAACCCAACGAAACGAGCGUGACGCUACUACUACUACUACUUCACUACUAUUACUACUACUACUACUAUUACUAUUACUACUACUACUACUACUACUACUUUACUACUACUACUACUACUACCACCACUACCACUACUACUCUACUACUACUACUAUUUCUACUACUAUUACUACACCAUCACCAUCACCACCACACUAUUACUAUUACUACGCAACAACUCACACCACACAGCAAAAGCACAAAUUUGUCGUUGCGUUCCAACGUUAUCCUCGUGCAAUUGAUUCAACGAAAACGAAUCGAACGUAAAUCAAUCAAAAAGACUUUCAUAUCACUGCCAAUUCUUGUCUUUCUCCAUUUUUUUCUUUUUUUGUAAUUUAAUCUAUUCGAGAAACUUGAUGAUAUAAGUGAGAGAGAAGACCGAAGACGAAGAAGAGAACGCGUAGAAUUUCUCCGUUUCUCUUUGAUAAGUGAAUCUAUUGCUUUUUCUUUUUUUUCUUUUUUCUAACGAAUCGUACACGUACAAACACAGGCACACAGACACCAGCACGCAGGCACACACACCAACUUAGUUGACGUUUUUAGUUGAUUUUUUAUUUUCCUUCCUCUUUCCUCCAUCUUUAUUUUUAAUUUUUCCUUUUAUUCCGAAGAAAGUUUUAAUUUUCCCGCUCUUUAGUUAUCACGUAUCGUUAGCCAAUAAUGGAGUCCAUCUUUCCUCUUCCUCCCUUCCUUCCUUCCUUCCUCCCCUGUUCCUCUUCUCCUAAUUGCAAAAUUCGAAUUUCGAAUCUCUUACGAUCAAACAUAGAAUCUCAAAAUUACACUGAAUUUAGGUAGAAGCAAACUAUUUGUAUUUAUUUCUCUAAUUUAUUUUAGGUAGAAAAUAUAUUAAAUAACAAAUUCUAUGAAAUAAUAAUAAUAAUAAUGAUGAUGAUAAAAAUGAUGAUGCAAGGUCGAUUAAAUAAAAAAAAAAGAAUGAUCGCGGCACACUCUUUAUUUUGUUUUUUUUUUUUCAUUAUUGUUUUGUUCGUUUAUUUUAUUAUUAUUAUUAUUGUUAUUGUUGUUAUUAUUAUUAUUAUUAUUAUUAUUAUUAUUAUUAUUUAGUUCUCUUCUCUCUUGCAUGAGAAAAAGAGGCUUCUGGAUAUUUUUUUUUUUCCUUUUUUGUUGUCUUUUCUAGAAAAAAUGGUGGCCGCAAAAUGUAUACCGCAUUUUUUAUAUAUAUAUAUAUAUAUGUAUUUCGAAUUCUAUAUAUAUGUACGUCGAUUGUUUACAACGCGCUCUCGCACGAAAACGAAAAGUUAUGUACGAUAAUUAUUCGGUGAUAAUAAAGUUUUUUUAUGAAAUAAAAAAUUAAAAAAUUAAUAAAUAAAUAAAUAAAUGAAUCGUUUAUCCUUUUUCUUUUCUUUUGUUCUUGUUUUGUCCCCGAUUAUUUCGUUCGCCAUAUUUAAAAAAUAAGAACCAACGAUCUACGUUUUCUCUACUAGACUACUUAUUUCGGAAAAAAAUUAAAAGAAAUAUAUAUAUACUAUAUAUUAUAUUUAUGUAUAUGUAUAUAUAUAAGUGUAUAUAUAUAUAUACGAUACCAUACAAUACGAUCGAUUUAAUGCUGACGAAAAACUAAAUAAAUAAAAAAUAAGAUUUAAGAAAUAGAAUGAAAAUUUUCACUUCGUUUUGUAACAACAAUCAAUACAUAGCAACGACAAUUAUUAUUGUAAAUUUUCUUUUUCCCGAACUUUGAGCGUCCAAUCAGCUCAUACUAUUCUCUCCUGCGAGAGAAUUAGAUUAAACAUUGGAUUCGUUUCUAAUUCUUUUUUUUUUCUUUUUUCGAGGACAGGGUAUUAAAAUUAAUUAGGACAUAUUAAUAAUAAUUAUAGAUUACACAUAAUAAAUGAAACUUCCAAAAGUGAUCGCAACUUUUCUACGUUAUUUUAUCUUCUAUCGAUUGUUUUUUCUCUUAGUUUAUUAUCUUAUUCUUUUUCUUCUUUCAAUCAUUUUUAUCAUCUGUAGUAAACGUUAAAAUGGUUGUAAGUAGUUAAGAUAUCUGAUUUAUAAAUGAUUAUUUAUAUCAUUUAAUAAUGAUUAAUUCGUCAUUGAAAUAAUCAUUUAGUAAAGUUCUUAAAA